AUGGCGAAGAAGUUGCACCAAAACACUCUGAUCGACGCAAUCAAGAAAAGAAUUGCAGAGGGAGGCAAAGAAGUUGGGAAUGAAUCAAGAUCAGAGAAGCAGAGAAGAGGCUUAAACUCAAAUAAAGAACGAAAGGCGAAGAAGUUGCACCAAAACACUCUGAUCGACGCAAUCAAGAAAAGAAUUGCAAAGGGAGGCACAAACUCAAACGGGAAUGAAUCAAGAUCAGAGAAGCAGAGAAGAUGCUCAAACUCAAAUAAAGAACGAAAGGCGAAGAAGUUGCACCAAAACACUCUGCUCGACGCAAUCAAGAAAAGAAUUGCAGAGGGAGGCACAAACUCAAACGGGAAUGAAUCAAGAUCAGAGAAGCAGAGAAGAGGCUCAAACUCAAAAAAAGAACGAAAGGCGAAGAAGUUGCACCAAAACACUCUGAUCGACGCAAUCAAGAAAAGAAUUGCAGAGGGAGGCACAAACUCAAACGGGAAUGAAUCAAGAUCUAAGAAGCAGAGAAGAGGCUCAAACUCAAAAAAAGAACGAAAGGCGAAGAAGUUGCACCAAAACACUCUGAUCGACGCAAUCAAGAAAAGAAUUGCAGAGAGAGGCACAAACUCAAACGGGAAUGAAUCAAGAUCAGAGAAGCAGAGAAGAGAGGGAGGCACAAACUCAAACGGGAAUGAAUCAAGAUCAAAGAAGCAGAGAAGAGGCUCAAACUCAAAAAAAGAACGAAUGGCGAAGAAGUUGCACCAAAACACUCUGAUCGACGCAAUCAAGAAAAGAAUUGCAGAGGGAGGCACAAACUCAAACGGGAAUGAAUCAAGAUCAGAGAAGCAGAGAAGAGGCUCAAACUCAAAUAAAGAACGAAAGGCGAAGAAGUUGCACCAAAACACUUUGAUCGACGCAAUCAAGAAAAGAAGGGGGUUUUCAGGGACGCUCAAAAUGAUGAAAAAGAAAAGUCGACAAAAUAGCAAUUAA